GCCCCUGGGGGAGGGGCCGCUGGAGGCUGCGGGCUGGGAAGGGCCUGGUCAGCUGUGUCCGGUGAAGGCAGCUGCUGACCCAGCUGUGCCCUGUGCCAGGGGCGGGGGAACAGGGGGCAGAAGCCCUGGGUUCCCCGGGUGCGGGGGCGGCAUCAUGAACCACCUUGGAGCGCCCCUCUGGCCCCGAGUUGGCCCUCUCUGUCUCCUGCUGGCUGGGGCAGCCUGGGCGCCCCCACCCAACUCUCCAGACCCCAAAUUUGAGAGCAAAGCGGCUCUGCUGGUGGCUCGCGGGCCCCAAGAGCUCCUCUGCUUCACCGAGCGGCUGGAGGACUUGGUGUGUUUCUGGGAGGAAGCGGCAAGCUCCGGGGUCACCUCCAGUAACUAUAGCUUCUCCUACCAGCUCGAGGGCGAGCCUUGGAAGCCCUGCCACCUGCACCAGGCGCCCACCGCCCUGGGCGCCGUGCGCUUCUGGUGCUCCUUGCCCACAGCCGACACGUCGAGCUUUGUGCCUCUGGAGCUGCGCGUCACGGAGGUCUCUUCCGGCUCCCCGCGUUAUCACCGGGUCAUCCACAUCAACGAAGUGGUGCUCCUGGACGCCCCCACAGGGCUGCAGGCGCGGCGGGCUGAGGAGGGCGGCCAAGUGAUGCUUCGCUGGCUCCCACCGCCUGGGGCACCUAUGACGACUCACAUCCGCUACGAGGUGGACGUCUCUGCUGGCAGCAGCGCAGGGGGAGCGCAGAGAGUGGAGAUCCUGGAGGGCCGCACCGAGUGCGCGCUCAGCAAUCUGCGUGGUGCCACGCGCUACACCUUUGCGGUUCGCGCUCGAAUGGCCGAGCCCAGCUUCAGCGGCUUCUGGAGCGCCUGGUCUGAGCCUGCGUCACUGCUGACGGCUAGCGACCUGGACCCCCUCAUCCUGACGCUGUCCCUCAUCCUCGUGCUCAUCGUGCUGCUGCUGGCCGUGCUCGCCCUGCUGUCCCACCGACGGUCUCUGAAGCAGAAGAUCUGGCCUGGAAUCCCGAGCCCUGAGAGUGAGUUUGAGGGCCUCUUCACUACCCACAAGGGUAACUUUCAGCUCUGGCUGUCGCAGCAAGACGGCUGUGUGUGGUGGAGCCCCUGCGCCCCCUUCCCGGAGGACCCGCCCGCCCGCCUGGAAGUUCUCUCGGGGGACUCUCAGGGAGCCCAGGGGGGCUCAUCCGAGGACACCUACUCCAACCCCUAUGAGAACAGCCUCGCCCCUGCCCCUGGGCCCCUCACCCCCAGCUACGUGGCCUGCUCUUAG